GUGACCAGAGAGAUCCAUGUACCCAAGAUUUCAGCUGCUCCCGGUGCAGAACCGGCACCCUCGAUCGGCAAGAAGGGUGUUGCAAAGACUUCAGUCGCGUCUCCAUCAAAUCUCAACGUAGGCAACGGUACUAGUGCCUGUCCAAAGUCGAAGGAGAGCCCUCGCCCUACCAAGACCGAGGAAGACAUUGUCUUAUCCCCCCGUCUUCCGUCAAAGAUAGCAGUCAUAGAAAUUACGGACGAUGAGGAGGGAGAGGUGUGCCAGAACGUGCUAGGAACCCACAGUGAACAGGUUGAGCGCCUAUCGGCUAGACUUGCGCACGAUCUGCGCCCAAUGCUCCACGAAUACGUGCGGGAUAAGCUUACGAGUAAUGCACACUUUGGGUUCUCUGUUCUUCGCGACGUGGAGGUCACGACGAUGGAGAGCAUGACGAAUGAGGCCUCGGCGCUCAUUGAAGACACCCUUGCUUAGAUCGCGAACCCCACGAAGAAUGCUACGAGUCAAGGAAUCAAGCGCGAAACGGAAAUGGACGUUGCUGAAGAGGCCGCCACCGAGAUUGACCGACCUGUGAAGCGGCUGCGAGCUCGGAGGGCUUAGAUGCUGCUGAACAGAUGCAGCUGAUCCAACGCCGAUCUGAGCGUUGACCGCGUCCGUCGCCCGACAUCUCGGUAUGAUCUCGACCAUUGCUUACAGGGCUCGGAGAAGUUGAUAGUCAGCUCGUUCGAGUGGGCUGACUAGGAGUGGAAUAUUGCGUGUAAGAACUAGUAUCUUUAGAGACUUGGCUCCGGUGGAGAAAAUGUCGCGGCACGUCGAAUUCGCAGAGUAUACCAAUGCAGGAGACCCUUUGUGCCAUGGCCUCAGAGACACGAGAUGGGUCCUGUUCCCGUCUUCCUAGUUAGCU